AUGUACCCUUUUGCUAGGGAACUCGCUAUUGAGUCCUGGAUCUUAUAUGCAGUCGGGAUUGUAGUUAUCGGAUGUCGGCUAGUUUCUCGACGCAUACGGUUAAAGUCAUGGAGCAAACUACAAAUCGAUGAUGCGCUUAUGUGUGCAAUUGCGCUCACCUUCACGGGGGUCACUGUUACAGCGAAUAUCACAGCUCGGGUUAGCAGUGAUCCCAUUGUUCAUGAAGAGCAGCCUACGCCACAUGCAGAAGCGCUAAUGGUUUGGGGGAACAAAGCGAUCUUCAUGCUGGAACAGUUCGCUCUGGUUACAAUAUGGCUAGUCAAGGGCUGCCUUCUCAUCAUCUACAACCGUCUAACGCUUAUGAUGAAGGAGCAUUUAGCUGUGAAAAUCGUUGCGGUCUAUGUAGUGAUCUCUUUUAUUGUCAUCGAGGUCCUCUUCUUAGGAGUCUGGUGCAGACCGAUCACUCAUUACUGGGAUCUUGAAUCUAAUGACUUCCAGUGUGGGACCUACUUGAAUCAUCUGAUCACGACAACCGUUUUCAAUAUCUCCUCAGAUGUGAUGAUGUUGUGUAUCCCAUUGCCGCUCUUCAUCCGAUCACACUUACCUUUCAAGCAAAAGGUUGCAGUGUGUGCUGUAUUCAGUCUCGGUGGGAUCGUUAUACUUAUGGCAGCUCUGAAUAAGUACUAUAAUUUCUCCAAACUCACCGACCCUCGGUUCUUGGUUAGUCUGCUCACCGAUGUGUAUCCCAACGACUUGCUAAACAAUGAGACAGAAAUGGUAUGUCGCGGAGGUAGCUACCGCGGUCUACGUCUCAAAUGUGCCACUUCUCUGGCCUCUUCUUCAGCAGGUCUUUCGCUGCCUGCGCUCUACCGUUCGCUCCAACUACACGUCAGGGACAUCGAAGCCGAGCGGACCGCAACGAGGUCUGGCGGUAUUGCACUCCCAUUCGCGAUCACAUUCGAGAUAUCGUACCGACUCGGCACAUUCGAUCAUCAGCCACUCGCAUGA